ACAUGGCCUUAAAAUAAGAGUUAUAAUAUAGGUUGUAAUAACCCAAACCCGCCAUACUGAACGGACUGAGGACGUGAGAGCUGCGAUCAUGUUAUUCCGGUUCGGCGUCAUUCUAACUCCGGAGUCUGCGGACGUGGAGGUCUUUGUUUUGGGUUCGCGUGCAGAAAUGGGCCACUGGGACCCGAGCGGAGCGGUCCAGAUGAAAGCCUCACAGAAGCUGCUGUCACCGCAUGAACCGUGUCUGUGGAGCGGCGACGUGCAGCUGGCAGAGCCGGUCAAAGACACGCUGUGGUUCAAGUUCGUCAAAAGAGUCAGAGGCGCUUAUAUCUGGGAAGAGUUCACUUGGACUGGAGGGGAUUACAGAGCUCAUAAGAAGGGCUGUCUCUGAACUGACCUACAGCUCC